ACACAUGACUAUCGUGGAUCCUCUGGGGAGCCUCAACAACAUCCUGAUGCUGACGAGGAAGAGAAGAGUCUCUCCAGAUCAGAACACCAGAUGGACAACGCUAGCACUUCCUCCCUCCCGGAGUCCCCGUGUCAUGCCUCUCCUGUUAGCACCUUACUGCUGGGUAUGAAGAGGUUGUCUGUGCUGCUGGUGGACUGCAGGAAAACAAUGGGGCUGAGUGGAACUGUGGGAGGAGGAGAAGAGCGGAAAGGAUCAGAUUUGACUCAAAGAGAAAGACCAGACUCAGGGACGUCCAAACCAGCAAGACGACACCAGUGCUCCCACUGUGGAAAGCGUUUUAACCAGAAAGCACACCUGAAAGCUCAUGAGAGAAUACACACAGGGGAGAAGCCUUACCACUGCUCCCAAUGUGGAAAGUGUUUCAAACGGCCUUUUCAUCUGAAACAGCAUGGGAGAAUACACACAGGAGAGAAGCCUUACCACUGCUCCCAAUGUGGAAAGUGUUUCAACAAGAGAGGACUCCUGAAACGGCACGAGAGCGUACACACAGGAGAGAAGCCUUACCACUGCUCCCUAUGUGGAAAGCGUUUCAACCAGUCGGGGGAGCUGAAAAAGCAUGAGAGAAUACACACCGGGGAGAAGCCUUACCACUGCUCCCAAUGUGGAAAGUGUUUCAAACGGCCUUUUCAUCUGAAACAACACGAGAGGAUACACACAGGGGAGAAGCCUUACCACUGCUCCCAGUGUGGAAAGCGUUUCAACCAUUCAGGGAAGCUGAAACAACAUGAGAGAAUACACACAGGAGAGAAGCCUUACCACUGCUCCCAGUGUGGAAAGUGUUUCGUCUGUUUGGGGGGCCUGAAACGACACGAGAGAAUACACACAGGAGAGAAGCCUUACCACUGCUCCCAGUGUGGAAAGUGUUUCGUCUGUUUGGGGGACCUGAAACGACACGAGAGAAUACACACAGGAGAGAAGCCUUACCACUGCUCCCAGUGUGGAAAGUGUUUCGGCCGUUCGGGGGCGCUGAAACGGCACGAGAGAAUACACACAGGAGAGAAGCCUUACCACUGCUCCCAAUGUGGAAAGAGUUUCGUCCGUUCGGGGGAGCUGAAACCACAUGAGAGAAUACACACAGGAGAGAAGCCUUACCACUGCUCCCGAUGUGGUAAGUGUUUCGCCCGUUCGGGGGAGCUGAAACUACAUGAGAGAAUACACACAGGAGAGAAGCCUUACCACUGCUCCCAAUGUGGAAGGUGUUUCAACCAGUCGGGGGCGCUGAAACAACACGAGAGAAUACACACAGUAGAGAAGCCUUACCACUGCUCCCAGUGUGGAAAGAGUUUCGAGCAUUCAGGGACGCUGAAACAGCAUGAGAAAAUACACACAGGGGAGAAGACUUACCACUGCUCCCAGUGUGGAAAGAGUUUUAACCAGAAAGCACACCUGAAAGCUCAUGAGAGAAUACACACAGGGGAGAAGCCUUACCACUGCUCCCAGUGUGGAAAGUGUUUCAACCGGCCUGGGCAUCUGAAACUGCACGAGAGAAUACACACAGGGGAGAAGCCUUAUCACUGCUCCCGGUGUGGAAAUAGUUUUAACAAUUUAGGGAACCUGAAACGACACGAGAGAAUACACACAGGGGAGAAGCCUUGCCACUGCUCCCAGUGUGGAAAGAGUUUUAACAAUUUAGGAAACCUAAAACAACAUGAGAGAAUACACACAGGGGAGAGGCCUUACCACUGCUCCCAGUGUGGAAAGUGUUUCAUCCGGUCAAAGGAGCUGAAACGACAUGAGAGAAUACACACAGGGGAGAAGCCUUAUCAUUGCUCCCAGUGUGGAAAGAGUUUUAACAAUUUAGGGAACCUGAAACAUCAUGAGAGAAUACACACAGGUGAGAAGCCUUACCACUGCUCCCAGUGUGGAAAGUUUAUUACCUACUAUAACAUUCUGAAACAACAUGAGAAAAUGCACACAGGGGAGAAGCCUUACCACUGUUCCCAGUGUGGAAAGAGUUUUCGCCAGAAAGCACACCUGAAAGCUCAUGAGAGAAUACACACAGGAGAGAAGCCUUACCACUGCUCCCAGUGUGGAAAGUGUUUCAACCAGUCGGGGGAGCUGAAACAACACGAGAGAAUACACACAGGAGAGAAGCCUUACCACUGCUCCCAAUGUGGAAAGUGUUUCAACCAGAGAGUAAACCUGAAACAACAUGAGAGAAUACACACAGGAGAGAAGCCUUACCACUGCUCCCAAUGUGGAAAGUGUUUCGUCCGUUCGGGGGAGCUGAAACUGCAUGAGAGAAUACACACGGGAGAGAAGCCUUACCACUGCUCCCAAUGUGGAAAGUGUUUCAACCAGUCGGGGGAGCUGAAACGGCAUGAGAGAAUACACACGGGAGAGAAGCCUUACCACUGCUCCCAAUGUGGAAAGUGUUUCAACCAGUCGGGGGAGCUGAAACAGCAUGAGAGAAUACACACGGGGGAGAAGCCUUACCACUGCUCCCAAUGUGGAAAGUGUUUCAGCCAGUCGGGGGAGCUGAAACGGCAUGAGAGAAUACACACAGGAGAGACGCCUUACCACUGCUCCCAGUGUGGAAAGAGUUUCAACCGGAAAGAGAACCUGAAAGCUCAUGAGAGAAUACACACAGGAGAGAAGCCUUACCACUGCUCCCAAUGUGGAAAGUGUUUCAUCCGGUCAGGGGAGCUGAAACGACAUGAGAGAAUACACACAGGAGAGAAGCCUUACCACUCCUCCCAGGGUGCAAAGCUUUUGCCCAUUUAGGAAGCCUGAAAGAACACAUUAGACUGCACACAGAGGAGAAGGCUUAGAAAAGCUCCGACUGUGGGAAAACAUAUUACUCAUAACAGUGAUUUAAACGUCAUUAGAGAAUCCACACAGGAGAGAGAAAUUACUUCUCUUAGCGUGUAUGUUGAUAUUUCACAUCACAUUGACUUAAAAUUCAUCAGAGGACAUACACAGUGCUCCCGUUGUCUUAUAUUGUUGACUGACAAUGUGUUUACCUGUCUUCACCAUAUGAAAUUAAAUGGUACAGGGUAUACUCAAACAUAUAUUUGUUUGUUUUUAUUAGAAAACAUGAAUUGAAUAUGGAGUCUGUCAGUUUGAAUAUAAAGGAGAUCAGGUUCCUUCUUUUAAAUUGUCCUUUUUUUUAAAUGCUUUGUGUGUGUUUAACUGGGUGUGUCAUUCCUCCAGCACUACAGAUAAUCAAGUGAUAUUUGGAUGUGAUGCAUUAGUUCCAUUG